AUGAGGUUGUUGUUGCCGUCACCCCCCGCCGCGUGGAUGGUGUUGUCCGUCCUCGCCCUGCUGGCGGCGUGCCACCAGGCGGCGGCGGCGGUGCCGACGCUGUCGACGGCGUCGCGGUGGGUGGUGGACGAGGGCGGGAGCCGGGUGAAGCUGGCGUGCGUGAACUGGCCGUCGCACCUGGAGCCGAUGCUGGCGGAGGGGCUGGGCAAGCGGCCCGUGGGCGCCAUCGCGGCGGACGUGGCUGCCAUGGGGUUCAACUGCGUCAGGCUCACGUGGCCCACGUUCCUGGUCACCAACGCCUCCUACGGCAACCUCACCGUUGCGCAGUCCUUCCAGCGGCUCAGCCUCACCGAGUCGCUCGCCGGCGUCAAGGUCAACAACCCCGGCGUCGUCGACCUCAAGCUCAUCGACGCGCUCAAGGCCGUGGUGAGCAGCCUGGGCGAGCACGACCUGAUGGUGAUCCUGGACAACCACCUGAGCAAGCCCGGGUGGUGCUGCAGCAACACCGACGGCAACGGCUUCUUCGGCGACGCCCUCUUCGAUCCGGACGUCUGGGUCGACGGCCUCACCAGGAUGGCCGCCACGUUCGCCGCCGCCCCCAACGUCGUCGGCAUGAGCCUCCGGAACGAACUCAGGGGACCCAGGCAGAACGCCAACGACUGGUACAAGUACAUGCAGCGCGGCGCGGAGGCGGUGCACGCGGCGAACCCGCGCGUGCUGGUCAUCCUCUCGGGCCUCAGCUUCGACAACGACCUGGCCUUCCUCAACUCGCGGCCGGUGAACCUGAGCUUCGCCGGGAAGGCGGCGUUCGAGGUGCACUGGUACAGCUUCUCCAACAGCCAGGAGUGGAGCUCCGGGAACGCCAACCAGGCGUGCGCGCGCGUCUCGGCCGGCGUCACCCGCCGCGCGCUCUACCUGCUCGACAGGGGCUGGCCCGUCAUCCUCAGCGAGUUCGGCGUCGACAACCGCGGCGUCAACGCCAACGACAACCGCUACUACGGCUGCGCCGCCGCCGUCGCCGCCGACCUGGACCUGGACUGGGCGCUCUGGGCGCUGCAGGGGAGCUACUACCUCCGGGAGGGCGUCCUGGGCCUCGACGAGGUCUACGGCGUGCUCGACUGGUCCUGGUGCAAGCCCCGCAACGCCACCGCGCUGCGCAGGGUCCAGGCCCUGCAGCGCCCGCUCAGGGGCCCCGGCCUGGCCGAGGCGGCGCCGUACACGGUGCUCUUCCACCCGAUGACCGGGAUGUGCGUGGUGCGCCGCCGGUCGCUGGCGGAGCAGACGCUGGAGCUGGGCCCCUGCAACGAGACGGAGGCGUGGGCGUACAGCGCGCAGGAGCAGAGGCUGGCACUGCGGGACAGCCCCCAAAUGUGCCUCCGCGCCGAGGGCGCCGGCAGGGCCGCGAGCCUCGGCGCGAGCUGCGCCGACGCGAUGGCGCGGUGGCGCCUCGUGUCGGACUCCAAGCUGCACGUCGCCGUCAACGCGACGGCGUCGUCCUCGGCCGCGGGCGGCGGCACGCUCUGCCUGGACGUGGGCGCAGACGGCCGGAGCGUGGUCACCAACCCGUGCCGGUGCCUGAGCGCCGACAACAGCUGCGACCCGGAGAGCCAGUGGUUCAAGCUCGUGACCAGCACGAGGAGCGUGGCCGCCGCCAAGCAGAACUUGCUCGCGCAGCUGCCGCUCAGGCUCAAGAACUGGAAGAUCAGGUCGUUUUGAUCGAUCAUGGGCUUCCAUCCUACCGAGAGAAAUGUAGCACGUACGUCCAAGGACGACGAGAAUAGAGAGACGCUGCACUUGAACCACA